UAGGCAGCAUCCCUCCUCCCAGCUCCUGCACUCAGUCCCACAGCUGCCCUAUAAGACACCAGCCCGCAGCUUUACUGAUCACUGAUCCAAGGUAAACCUAAAGCUAUAGGCGCUCACAUACACAACCGGAUCUUUGCUGGAAAUUGCAGCGCACUUUCGGAGACGCAAUGUUGGUUAAACUGGCCGUAGCGCUGCUGGUUUUGUCAGUACUUGAGCAAGUAGUGGGAUCGGAUAAUAUCGAUAUUCAUGACAGCCCCCCGGAGAAGCCUGCCAGCCAGAAAGGACGUCUUUCCUUGCAGAAUACAGCUGAGAUCCAGCACUGCCUAGUGAAUGCAGGUGAUGUUGGCUGCGGCGUGUUUGAGUGUUUUGAGAAUAACUCCUGUGAGAUACGAGGGCUACAGGAAAUCUGCAUGACCUUCCUGCACAAUGCUGGCAAGUUUGACUCUCAGGGGAAGUCCUUCAUUAAGGAUGCUCUGAAGUGUAUGGCCCAUGGUCUGCGCCACAAAUUCAGCUGUAUCAGCAGGAAGUGUGUGUCCAUUAAAGAGAUGGUGUUUCAGCUUCAGAGAGAGUGCUACAUCAAACACAACCUCUGCUCUGCUGCUAAGGAGAACGUUGCCGUCAUGGUGGAGAUGAUUCAUUUCCAAGACCUCUUUCCUAAAGGUCCAUAUGUGGAGUUGGUGAACAUUCUGCUGAGCUGCGGAGAGGAGGUGAAGGAGGCGUUAACACGGAGCGUCCGACUACAGUGCGAGCAGAACUGGGGUGCUCUGUGCGACAGCCUGAGCCUCUGCUCUUCCCUCACCCCGCCUCCGCCUGGUGCCGUCACUGAGCAUCACCACCCCGCGCCCUCUCACCCUGAGCCGGAGCACCCUCGCCCGCCUCGGCAAGGAGACAAGGACAAGUCCAGCAAGGGAAGCUUCGGCACCCACCCUCGCAACCGCAGUCAGGGGCCCCGCCGUCAGAGCCUGGAGACCGGCGUGGUGGCCGAGCAGGAAGACCCCGAGGCCACUGACAUCCGGAGGUGAAAACACAGGAGACUGUCCCGACCCCAACACCAUUGAAAUCCCACUGACACACAUACAUAUGUUCACACAAUGACAUAUACACACACGUGCACACUAGCACCAAAACUCGUCCCACCCACACACUCUCUCUCUC